UUGAAUCGUCACAUAUGUGUAUCGUAACUUGUUAUACUGCUUGACAGAAAAGUCAACGUUUAAAAACUUGUUUAAUGUUCAUGUAACAUCGUAUAGCUGCUAUUUAACCACUUUAUUUUAAAGAAAUUAAAAUUUCUUUUUUAAUAUAAGCGUGUUUUAGUGGUUUUGUGAGUAAAAGUGUGUAGUGGAGAGAUCGGGAGGGGCUGCACUAAACAGGGCAAUGUUGAAGUUUCCAGAGGUUGAUGUCAGCGUAACUGGAUUCCUCUAGUCUGGGAUUUUAAGGGAACAACUGGGAACAAGAUGGCUGAGUGUGGACUGGAAAACUGCUUUUGUCCACUUUCACAAACUUCGGACUAAGGGUUUCUAAAACUUUCUUAAAGUAAAAGAUGCAGGUAUACGUUUGCGUCGGUCCUUUUUGAUGACAACUUUGACUGUUAUUAUCGUUGUUUACGUUUUUUUCCCCACCGAAUUUUCUCGCUUAUUUUAAUUGGAAACAACGGAAUAUCGCUCCGGACAGUUUUUUAAUUGCCAAGUAACUUUUACGCUAAAUAUUAAAAAAAAAACUAAACUUGAGUUUGGAGUUUACUCGUAUGAUUGGCACACAUUUCACGAGCAUCAUCUGAAUCAAACCGACAUUAAAGAAUGACUGUAACUAAAGAUUGUCUUCAUAUACAGUUGUUUUGAAUUGCAAGAUGAGCUCCAGUCGCGUCCGGCCUCAAGCACCGCAGACCCCGGCAGCAUCUGCCGCAGCAUCUCCGCCGUAUGAAGGGAUUGAGAUGGAAAAAAUGCACCAUGAAGAAGUGGGCCUGGGGGUGCCCGAUGAGACCCCAUCUCCGCCUGCCUCCAGUUCCAGGCAGGCGUGGAGUCGGGACAACCCGGGGUUCGAGCCGGAGGAGGGGAUGAUGGAGGGAGACUGGCCCCCGUCGAGCCCGGGCCGGAGGUCUUUGUCCACGGCCUCCAGUGGCAGCAGCACCAUCGAGCCAGGUAGCUUCUCCGGUAUCACUGCUAGAGUAAACAGAGGACUGUAUCCAAAUCAACCAGCUCAGGACGAGCACCGCAGCUGCGGGAAGAGGAUACUGCAGAAAAUGAGGGUUUUGUGGGACACUCGUCUUUUGGGUGAAAGUAACAGCAACAGAGAGAUGUAUCUGAAGACUGUUCUCAGAGAGAUGAUCACCUACAUACUCUUCCUGCUCACAAUCUGCAUCUUAACCUAUGGAAUGGUGAGCACCAACAUGUAUUAUUACACUAAAGUCAUGUCUCAACUCUUCUUGGAUACACCAAUAACAAACGGAGAACCGACCACCUUCAAGACUCUUUCAACAAUGGAGGACUUCUGGAAAUUCACAGAAGGGCCUUUUCUUAAUGGUAUGUACUGGGAGCUCUGGUACAACAACAAAAGUCUUCCAGAGAACCAGAGUCUGAUCUACUAUGAGAACCUCCUGCUGGGCGUUCCACGUCUUCGACAGCUCAGAGUACGCAACGAAUCCUGUUCUGUCCACAGAGACCUGCGGGACGAGGUGUACGACUGCUACAGCGUUUAUUCCCCAGUCAAAGAGGAAAAGGCACCAUUUGGGUUUAAAAAUGGCACAGCGUGGUUGUACUCAACGGAGAGCAGUUUGGGUGAGAGCAGUUACUGGGGCCAAGUGUCAACCUAUGGCGGUGGAGGUUACUACCAGGAACUGUCACGCACUCGAGAGAUGUCAGCCAAUCAGCUACAAGAAUUGAAAAACAACCUCUGGUUGGAUCGUGGCACCAGAGCAGUGUUCCUGGACUUCUCCAUCUAUAAUGGCAACGUUAACCUGUUUUGUAUUGUCAGAAUGCUUGCGGAGUUCCCGGCCACAGGGGGCGUUGUGACCUCCUGGCAGUUCCAGACCGUCCGGCUCAUCCGGUACGUGUCCAGCUGGGACUACUUCGUGGGGAUGUGCGAAGUGUCCUUCUGUCUCUUUGUGCUGUAUUACCUGGUGGAAGAAUUUCUAGAGAUCCGCCUACAUCGCUUACGCUACUUCAAGAGCCUGUGGAACUGUCUGGAUGUUCUCAUUGUUGCGCUCAGCGUUCCAGCCAUCAUCAUGAACAUCUGCAGAACGUCAGUCGUCAGUCGCAGACUUCACUUCCUGCUGGAGAACCACAGCACGUACCCAAACUUCGAGCCCCUUGCUCGCCUCCAGGUACACUUCAACAACCUGGCUGCUGUUAUCGUCUUCCUAUCUUGGGUCAAGCUUUUUAAGUUCAUUAAUUUCAAUAAGACCAUGAAUCAGCUGUCCACCACCAUGUCACGCUGUGCUAAGGACCUCAUGGGCUUCUCCAUCAUGUUCUUCAUCGUGUUCCUGGCCUAUGCCCAGCUUGCGUAUUUGGUGUUCGGGACUCAAGUUGAUGAUUUCAGCACCUUUCAGGCCUGCAUAUUCACACAGUUCCGGAUCAUUUUGGGUGAUUUUGACUUCUCAGAGAUUGAGGAGGCUGACAGCGUUUUGGGACCCAUUUACUUCACCACCUUUGUGUUCUUCAUAUUUAUGAUUUUACUGAAUAUGUUCUUGGCAAUCAUCAAUGACACUUACUCUGAGGUGAAGGCUGACAUGGCCCAGCAGAGGUCAGAGAUGGAGAUAACAGAUCUCAUUAAGAAGGGCUAUAACAGGGCUAUGGUGAAACUCAAGCUGAAGAAAACCUCUGUCAAUGACAUCCCAGACACCUCGCACCCGGCUGGAGGAAAACUCAGCUUUAAUGAGCUUCGACAAGAUCUGAGAGGAAAAGGACAUUCGGACGCUGAGAUUGAAGCUAUCUUUGCCAAAUAUGACCUUGAUGGAGAUCAGGAGCUUACGGAACACGAACACCAGCAGAUGAGAGAUGAUCUGGAGAAAGAGAGAGAGGACUUGGAUCUGGAGCACAGUUCACUGCCUAGGCCAGAGAGUGGGCGGAGCUUGUCCCGUAGCCAGGACGACUCAGAGGAGGACGACGAUGAGGACAGCGGGCACAGUUCCCGUCGCCGUGGCAGCAGCUCAGGAGGCGUGUCGUAUGAGGAGUUUCAAGUGCUCGUGCGCCGAGUGGACCGUAUGGAGCAUUCGAUCGGCAGCAUCGUGUCAAAGAUCGACGCUGUCAUUGUGAAGUUAGAGGUCAUGGAGAGAGCCAAGAUGAGAAGGAGAGACGUGCUUGGACGCAUUCUGGAUUCAUGGAAUCCGGUCACAGAGGAUGAGAAGAAAGGCAUGAAUCCAGAGCUGAACCGGGAACAGAUGGACAAGCUGGUGAGAGAGGAACUGGAACGAUGGGAGUCUGACGACCAAAUAUCGCAGGUUAGCCAGCGCCAGGCCACUCCCACUGUUCUUGCUCAGCUCCGCCCACGCAAUUCCCGACCACCUUCAUCUCUUUCCACCGAGGGCCCAGAUGCCCCUACCAUUGGGGCCGGUCACAUGUGAGGAGUUUUGUUACAUGACAACUUUUGGAGUUCCGCAGUUCGUUCUACAGGUCCGUUUCUGAUGCAGUGCAUUGGGUAGAAACUAUUUAGUCACAUUUCUGAAGGUUGAACUUCAAACCAAACACACUCAAAUCAGUAUUCCACGGUCAGCCGUCCUGCCGCAUGCCCACAGCUAUAGGAUUAAUAGUGCUGCACAAAAGCUAUUUAUUUAGGUUUCUUUAUAUUAAAGUUAAUUGGGGCUUUUUGUUUGUAGCCAGCCUAUGCUUUAUAAUGCAAAUAUAAAAACUCUUUCACACAGCUAUAAACAUGGAGUCAAAGCUUAAAUUUCCUUUGUUACUUCAGGUCCAAUGCAUUUUAAAAUUGAGGUACAUGAUGACUUAAGCAUGACUUAAACAUUAAGCUUUUGUUAUUUCACAGCAUAAUUUUAGCGAUGUAUAUACGCAACAUACAUGAUACACAAAUUAUCACAUAUUUCACAUUUAAUCUUUAAAAAGGGCCACUGUGGUAAAACACACUUUCACAUAAUCACAGUUUUAUUCUGUAUACUGCUAUGAUUAAGUGCAGAGUGUAGUUGAUAUGAUAUAUAUAAUGUUCUGUAUGUAUAGUGAGGACCAAUAUCAUUCUAUGCAGAACAGAAGAAUGCAUUAAACAUAAACAUUCAUCAAAUUACAUGAUUUAAUAUGAUUGGCAAAUAAACAAAGUGAUAAAACUGUCCUUAGCUAAAGCCUGAUCAUAGCUAACCCCUAACAUCGAAGGGAAAUAUUGGGUUGAGAAGCCAAAUCUAGUCUUAAAUCUAACCCUACAAUCUGAUUGGUUGAUUGGUUCUAGUUAGUUAGAAAUCACAUAAACUGAAGAUGUCAAAACAUUGGGCCUCAUUCAUGAAACACGAGCAGAACGAGUUUUUGUGUAAAUCAUUUGUUAUGUUAUUCUAACGUAAAUUUUCAGAUUCAUAACAAUGUGCGUAUUUUCGAAAUGUUAGUUGGUACGAAAAACAUGCGUAAAACAUUCAAAUGUUCUGUGUUCUUUCUGACAAACUGAUUACUCUGCAUUUUGAUGCAUUGUGUAUCAUAAUGAUAUUUCAUGUUCCCCUGCCCUGUCUGACUCUUUCACUUUGAGUAAAACGCAGAGCUGGUCACUGUCCCUUUCAACACAGCUGUCCAAUCACAGUGGCGUGAAGGACAAAUAAUACAGACCAACCAUCACACUUGCACAACACAACAAUGGAGAAGUUAACAUUGCUGGUUGUCGCAUUUUUAUAUUCAGUAAUAAUCAUAAAAAUAAGAUACUCGUAACAUGUUACUGGCGUUGAUAUUUCUAAUCAUAGCAACUAGCGUGUCUCCGGAAAAACUCACAGUGCAUCCAAAGUGCUCUCAAACGCCAUCACCUGUUUAUUUUACAGAAGAGCACCAGGCAUUAUUAUAACUGAUUAAAAAGCUUUAGUGGACACGCUUUAAUUUAUUGUUAGGCAUAUAUGAAUCUUAUGCAAUAUAAUGUGUCAAACAUGAGAAUGGAUUCCAGAGGAUUCCAUCAUUCCUAGAUACGUAAUUUGCGUAGCUGUCCUUCAUAGGCGGGGAUUAAGCUAAUUAUGAUUAAGUGUGCAUAAAUUCCUUAUUAACAAAUGAUUCAUAAAAGUCCCCUGCGGCCAAGCCGUCUUAUUUCCAUCAUUUCAGGGUGUAUGUGCAUUUUCAAAUUUUAGCUGAAGAUUAUGAGGGUACAUGAAUUUUAAAAAGAGAAUUGAUACACAUUGAUAAGCUAUUUAUUAUAAAUGCUGCAAUAUUUCAUGAAAACACGUUUUACUAUCAAGUAUUUUUCAGGAAGGUCUGUUUUACACGCAAAUCACUCAUAUAUUUACGAAUGUUUCAUGAAAGAGACCCAUUACCUUUCCUAAAUGAACAUUUUGCACUAUGUAUUCUCCAGCAAUGAGCUUAAUUUCACCGUAUGGUUUCCUUUUUAUAUUUUAUAACUCACUCUUCAAUUUAUUACAGUUGUAGUUCUGGCAUGUUUUAUUAUGUUUGUUUAUAUAAUGUGCGUUUUUCUUGGUAAUCUUUAAUAAUUUUAAGUCUCAAAUCGUUUUCAUGCAUCAUAAAAACAAACUUCAAUUUGGAGUGCUUCUGAUUUCAUGGGAUAUCCAUGUGUGUUCGUCUUUUAAGGCAUCGAUUUUUAAAGGUACAGUUCACCCAAAAAUCAUUUUACUCACCCUCAACAUGUUCCAAACCUUUAUAAAUGAAAAAAGAUAUUUGGAAGAAUGUUUGUUGCAGCAUCAAACAUAACAGCAAAAAUAAAGUUGUUUUCUUAUCCAUUUCAAAUCUCAAACUGCAAAAACAAGUAUCCUCCCCCAAUGUCACCUUUCACACAAAUAAGCUGCAAUUUCAUUUGUUGCCAGGAGGGGCACAACAAUUACACUUCACUUUUUAUCGCGAUAAAAUGUAUUCUUUUUUCUUAAGUGUUUUUCAUUAUGCACAAUUUGGUUAUUUAAUGUCACAAUCGUGUACAAUAAAAUCCAUUCAAACACAUAA